UGAUGCUGUGAUCACAGGAGAUUAGCAAGCAUUUCACGUAGAGCAUCCUCGGUGGGAGAGCUUUGCCGCUCGCAUCUUUCUUCUACAAAUGACAAUAGAGACACAUAUAUGACAUGAAGGGUACUCUACGAGGGUGUUUGACGGCUCUUUUUCUCAUCAAUGUUCUGGGGAUGCAAAAUUUGUCAUCUCCAACAGACGACAGGACUAUUUCCCCGGAAGGAAAUAAAAGCUUGGUAAGAAAAAUAGCUCCAAGAUUCGCCAGUCGGAAAACAUCAGAGGGUUGCCUACGCAAUGGACUACAGGGAAAGCCGUUUUCCAAGAACAAGCAUACGAGAAUAGCACUGACUGCCGUUACUGUCAAUGGAGUGUUUGUGUUAAAAGAAGACCCGGGUAUUGUGUGGAUGGGGUUCCUGUUACUGCCGCUGGCCGCCUCUGCUUCCUGUCUGAUCUGUGCGUGCUGUGGGAACGCGUGCGCCUCGCGAUGCCAGCGGAUAGAUCCUUUCAUCUACAGACUAUGAUGGAGGAGCCUUCUCUUUUCCAUGAAAAGAAAUCAAUAACCAAGCUAUUGAACGUGCCAAUGCUGUGAUGUAUUAUUCUUUGCAUACAAGCAUCAAGACACAAAGCGCCCUACAGCUAAAUGUACUAUAAACAUAUCUAUGUGCAUAUCAAUUGCCAAGGUUAUAUUUGUAUUUUGUAAAUAUGACGAGAAGGAGCUUUAAUACUUUAAAAUAGACGCGCGCAAUGUAUUGAUAACGAAAAGAAACAAAGCGAACGUUUCUAUUACCAGCACCUAUGUGUAUAUAAAACGUAUGACAUA